CUUUUUCUCUUUCUUUUGGUCAUCUGUUUCUCUUUCAACGUCUAGCACUUUGUCUGUAACCUUGUGAAUUGUUUACAUUUAAGUUAAUUGAUUUUCUCUUUUUAAUUUUUGUUUUUUUCUACAAUUUGAUAAAUAUUCUUAAUUGUUUACAACAUGCUAAUCAGAGUGUUUAAAGCGUUUUCACCCUCAUCCAUUGGAUCAAUUGGUCGACAAUUAAGUACAAAAUCAAAUCCAUCUAAACCUGAGAUUGUAAUUGUUUCAGCUUUAAGGACUCCAAUUGGAUCGUUUCGUGGUUCAUUGUCUCAAUUAUCUGGUCCACAAUUAGCUUCUCAGGCAAUUAAGGCCAUCAUAGAUGAGACCAAGAUUAAACCUGGACAAGUAGAUGAGGUUAUAUUGGGUAAUGUUGUCGGUGCUGGUGCUGGACAGGCACCAACCCGUCAGGCCGUGAUCAAUGCUGGUCUACCACCCAAGACAAUUACCACAACAAUUAAUAAAGUUUGUGCCUCUGGUAUGAAAUCAAUCAUGUUUUCCGCUUCAUCUUUGGCACUUUAUCAUACCAAUAUCAUGAUUGCCGGUGGUAUGGAGAGCAUGUCAAAUGUACCUUUCUAUUUGCGACGAGGUGAUGCCAAUUACAAUCAUGCACAGUUAAUUGAUGGAAUCAUUCAUGACGGACUUUGGGACUCUUUCCAUCAGAUUCACAUGGGAAAUUGCGGUGAAAACACUGCAAAGAAACUUGGAAUCACCCGAGAAGAUCAAGAUAAAUACGCGAUCGCAAGUUACGAGAGAGCCGCUGCCGCAGCUAAAUCUGGACUAUUCGACAAGGAAAGGAUUUCCGUUGCCAUUCCCGAUCGAAAAACUGGAACCAAGACAAUUAGUGACGAUGAAGAGUAUCACAAGGUUGAUUUCGGUAAAUUGGCAAGUCUAAAAAGUGUCUUCCAAAAAGACGGAACCAUUACCGCUGCCAAUGCGAGUAAAUUAAACGAUGGAGCCGCUGCUUGUCUAUUGAUGAGGUCAAACACCGCCACAGAAUUAGGAUUGAAACCUUUGGCUAAGAUUGUCGAUUAUGCUGACAAUGAAAUUGAACCAAUCGAUUUUCCAAUCGCUCCAGUUGAGGCCAUGAGAAAAUUAUUAGACCGAAAUGGUUUAAAAGCUCAUAAUGUUUCCAUGUGGGAAAUUAAUGAAGCUUUUAGUGUUGUCCCGUUGGCUAAUAUUAAAUUACUUGGCCUUGAUCCUAAUAAGGUCAAUAUGCACGGUGGAGCCGUUAGUUUAGGUCAUCCUAUUGGAAUGUCAGGAGCUCGAAUUGUCCAUCAUCUUGCUCACAAUUUAAAAUCCGGUGAAUUUGGAAUCGCAUCAAUUUGUAAUGGUGGUGGUGGAGCUUCAGCAAUUCUGAUUCAAGGAAAUUAAUUCCAUCAAUUUAUUUUCCAUUCAAAAUUUAAAUUCUAUCAAUUUUGUCGAGCUUUUUAUUUCCUGGUUUAAUUGAUUGUGGUGCCUUAAAUAUCAAUAUUUUUAUAAAAAUAAUAUUGGAAUCAAAUUGUUUACAAUUAAACAGAAAUUUAUACAUUCA